ACCAAAGUGCGGCCCCUGCUGGACGUUAAGCGACGCGCGAUCUUAGCACAGCGCCGCCGAGGGCCGAGUGAGGAGGAGCCCGGGCCGGGACUUUGCACCUGUUCUCAGCGCCCGUCGCCAUCGCCACCAUGCAGUCCCGGGAGGAGGCCCAGCGCUCUCGUCGCCUGGCCAGUCCCCGCGGUGGAAGGAGGCCCAAAAGAAUUACCAAGCCCUCUGUCUCGGCUUUCUUUGCCGGCCCAGAGGAGCUGAAGGACGCGGCCCACUCUGCAGCCCUGCUGGCACAGCUCAAGUCCUUUUACGAUGCAAGGCUGCUGUGCGAUGUGACCAUUGAGGUGGUGACGCCCGGGAGCGGGCCGGGCACGGGCCGCCUGUUCCCCUGCAACCGGAACGUGCUGGCCGCCGCGUGUCCCUAUUUCAAGAGCAUGUUCACGGGCGGCAUGUACGAGAGCCAGCAGACCAGCGUGACCAUGCACGACGUGGAUGCCGAGUCCUUCGAGGUGCUGGUCGACUACUGCUACACGGGCCGCGUGUCCCUGAGUGAGGCCAACGUGGAGCGCCUCUACGCCGCGUCGGACAUGCUGCAGCUGGAGUACGUGCGGGAGGCCUGUGCUUCUUUCCUGGCGCGCCGCCUGGACCUCACCAACUGCACCGCCAUCCUCAAGUUCGCGGACGUCUUCAACCACCGCAAGCUGCGCUCCCAGGCCCAGGCCUUCAUAGCUCACAAUUUCAACCAGCUCAGUCGAAUGGGAUCCAUUCGAGAAGAGACUCUGGCAGAUUUGACCCUGGCGCAGCUGUUGACUGUCUUGCACCUGGAUAGCCUGGACAUCGAGAGCGAGCGGACCGUGUGUCACGUGGCAGUGCAGUGGCUGGAGGCAGCCCCCAAGGAACGCGGCCCCAGCGCCGCAGAAGUCUUCAAGUGUGUCCGCUGGACACACUUCGCUGACCAAGAUCAGGAUUACCUGAAAGGACUCAUGAGCAAACCCGUUGUAAAAAAAUAUUGCCGGGACCUUAUUGAAGGAGCCCUGCAGAUGCGAUAUGGGGACAUGUUGUGCAAGUCUCCGGUGCCAAAGCCCGAGGCCAGCAGCAGCUCUGUUCUGUCUGUAACUGGAAAUCCACCCCAGAGGCUAGGAAUGUGUGCCAAGGAGAUGGUGAUCCUUUUUGGACACCCCAGAGAUCCCUUUCUCUGCUAUGACCCAUACUCUGGGGACAUUUACACAAUGCCAUCGCCUUUGACUAGCUUGGCUCACACUAAGACCAUUACUUCCUCAGCUGUCUGUGUGUCUCCUGACCAUGACAUAUACCUAGCUGCCCAGCCCAGGAAGGACCUCUGGGUGUAUAAGCCAGCCCAGAAUAGUUGGCAGCAGCUGGCAGACCGCCUACUGUGCCGUGAGGGCAUGGAUGUGGCAUACCUCAAUGGUUACAUUUACAUUCUGGGUGGGCGAGACCCUAUUACUGGGGUUAAACUGAAGGAAGUGGAGUGCUACAGUGUUCAGAGGAACCAGUGGGCACUAGUGGCCCCUGUGCCCCAUUCCUUUUAUUCCUUUGAACUAAUAGUGGUUCAGAACUAUCUUUAUGCUGUCAACAGUAAACGUAUGCUCUGCUAUGACCCCAGGCAUAAUAUGUGGCUAAACUGUGCUUCUCUCAAACGCAGUGACUUUCAGGAAGCCUGUGUCUUCAAUGAUGAGAUCUACUGUAUCUGCGAUGUCCCUGUCAUGAAGGUCUAUAACCCAGCCAGGGGAGAAUGGAGGCAGAUUAGUAAUAUUCCCUUGGACUCAGAGACCCACAACUACCAGAUUGUCAGUCAUGGCCAUAAGUUGCUUCUCAUCACUUCUACCACUCCACAAUGGAAAAAAAACCGGGUGACCGUGUAUGAAUAUGAUACUAGGGAAGACCAGUGGGUUAAUAUAGGAACUAUGUUAGGUCUUUUGCAGUUUGACUCUGGGUUUAUUUGUCUGUGUGCACGUGUUUAUCCUUCUUGCCUUGAACCUGGUCAGAGUUUCAUCACUGAGGAAGAUGAUGCACGGAGUGAGUCUAGUACUGAAUGGGACUUAGAUGGAUUCAGUGAACUGGACUCUGAGUCAGGAAGUUCAAGUUCUUUUUCAGAUGAUGAAGUCUGGGUGCAGGUAGCACCUCAGCAAAAUGCACAGGAUCCACCCGGCACUUUGUAAAGAUUUUGAAACACUGAGAUAAUACUGCUACUCUGGAAUGUAUCUUUAAAAAGAUACUCUUUCAUUUCAUGGUGAAAAAAGUUGAUUAGGACUGCAGACUUGAUUCAAAAAUGAUAAUUCGUUCUUACAAAAUUUAAUGGCUCAUGAAACCAAUUGUAUAAUAAUUUACUGUUAAAAGUUGAGGUUAAAUAUGUAAAAGUGAACUAAAUAAUUGAUUCAAAUGUUUGUUGGUUUAUCUCAUUGUACAGGUAGUACUUAUGCCAGUGGAUUAUUUUAGUUACUGUGUUUAUAUUUUGAUAAUCAAUUUGAGUGUUCUGUUAACUUUUAAAUUCUGUUUUAACACUGCAAGGAAUUAAACUGUUCAAUUUUUUUUUUGCCUCCAGGGUUAUUGCCUGGGGCUUGGUGCCUGCACCACGAAUCCACUGCUCCUGGAGACCAUUUUUUCCCCUUUUGUUGCCUUUGUUGUUUUUUUAUCAUUGUGGUUAUUAUUAUUGUUGUUGUUGUUGCUGUCCUUGGAUAGGACAGAGAGAAGUUGAGAGAGGAGGGGAGACAGAGGGGGAGAGAAAGACAGACACCUGCAGAUCUACUUCACUGCUGUGAAGCGACUCCCCCUACAGGUGGGGAGCUGGGGGCUGGAACCGGGAUCUUUACUCUGGUCCUUGGGCUUGGCGCCACGUGCGCUUAACCCGCUGCGCUACCGCCUGAUUCCCAACUGUUCGAAUUUGUAUACCAAAAUUGGACUAGAACUUUGUGGUAGAAUUUUGAAAGUUUGUAUUUCCUUCAGUUUAAUAAAGUUAGAUUUGUAUAUUUUAAACUUCAGUUUUUAAUAUUGCCUAAAUUAAUAUUGCCUGUUAACAUUUAGUUUGGUUUUCUUCCCUUCUGCAGAGAAAAAAAAAAUGAGUAUGUCCCCGUGUUAAUGAGUGGUAGAACGCGGUCUCAGAACUCUGUUACUACAUGCCACUAAAGUUAAUAGUAAAGGACUGGUUAUUAAUGAUAACUAUGCUUGUAAAACCUUAAGAUGGAAAAGACAUGGUUUUGUGAUCCUUUUGGUUGUGUGUGUGUGUUAAGAUGUUUUUAAAAUCAGUUCUUUUUAAUGGCACCAACUUGACCAACAAUGUGUCAAAAAAAAAAAAAAUUGAGACCCAUUAAAACAAAAUUUAAUGAGGAAAAAAGUUGUUUGUGUAUACACACACCUACUACACACACAUACACAUAUGUAUAUAGGGUUACUGAAUAGUGAUUUCAUUUUGGUAAUGUGAAGAAUGGUCUUAACUCACAGAAGUAAAAAACAGCCAGAAUUCCUCUGUUUCAAAAGUAAUUUCAGUUUUAAUUUUGGAAUAUAAAAUAUGUAUAAGCUAAAUGACCUUUUAAUCAUAAAACAGUAUCCAUUCAAAUAGGUUUAUCAAUUAUUUAAACACUUUAUAUGCAGUGUACCCAAAUAGAUAAUUCAUUUUCAUCUAUAUUUGAUUCAUGCUUCACUGAAUCAGGAACAGUCAUUUUUGUCACUGGAUAUGGGAUUGUCAUUCACCAGUCAAUCCUUGUUUUAAUAAGAGUAGGAAGUUUGGCUGUAUAAUUUUAGUGUUCAUCUUAGAGACAUCUUCAACAGCUAGAAAACUGUUCUUUACUAGUUUGUAGAUAAUACUGGCUUUGAAAAUAGGUAUAAAUAAAACAGUACUUCUCAGAGGUCAUUAAUUACCAUGUUUAUCAACUAUAAAAUAGUGCCAGGAAAGAACAUUUUCAAACUUUAGAACUGCUAUGUGUAGCACUGACAUGUCAGUUUUACAUGUUAUUGUAAAUGAUUAUCAGCUUAAAGUCAUUUUUUAUAUUAAACAUUGAAGAACAUAAGUGGGGAAAAAUGUGGAUGAUGAUAUAGCAUGUUUCUUCUAGAAUAUAUUCCUAAGCAGUGA